AUGAUGAGCGCAGCAUCGGUACAGUGCGCAACGACCGCGAUCGUCGCCGUGUUGUUUUUCGUCCCGAGUCCGGCGGCGGCGGCGGCUGCGUCCGCGGAGCUGUACGGGUCCGAACCCGCGGUGGACGUACACCCGUGCCAGAGAGAAUGUCGGUCCGGCGAACCGGCCAAAACGUGCGAGUACCGGUUCAAAGUGGAAUGGUACUACACAAUGAGCAAGGCGUGCUACGACUGUCCGUACAACCUGACCGAUUGUUUCCGGCCCGACUGCGUGCCGGCCGACGGUGUCCAAAAGCCCAUUAUCGUCGUCAACAGAAGUCUGCCGGGUCCUUCCAUACAGGUAAACGGCAAUGUACACGAUCGUACAAUAUCGACGAUAACAACAAUAAUAAUAAUAAUAAGCGAUUGCGCAACGAGUUCGCGCUGUUGUGUCGACGGCGACGCGUACGGCAGACUACAGGGUGCGGAUAUCGUCGGGUAAUUCAAGCGUUUCGGUAUUGUCUCGGCGCCCCGGUCCUGAACGGCUUGCCCGAUUGCGUACGCCGUCUCGUGUAAAAAGUCGCUCCGAACAAACGCGUAACAAUAAUAAUAAUAACGACAAUGUAAUACGCAGGUUAGCAUGCCUAACGCUUUGUGCCGACCUGACGCGGCCGCAUCGAAAACAACGGCGUCCGGGCGGUGGCGCGUUUACGCGGUCGGCGGAGGAAGGUCCGUCUGGGGGGGGGUCUCUGGGCUGAUAAUACGGUCUCGAAAAAAACGCCGUCUAAAAAGAGGCGUCUGUUAAUGGACGCCUCGGAAAUGCUGCACGUGGUUUUCGUGGAUACCUCCCGGAAAAAACGUCUGAAAAUCCGCCACUGCGUUCGGGUGACCGCGUCGCGCCAACGCCAGAACAGCCGCGGCUCUGUCGGCCGACCGCGGACCGCACGAUUAUUAACGGACGGCGUCGUUUAUUAGACGAGGAGCUCUUUCCGUUUGGCCCUCGCAAUAGCCGAUGUAGUAAUAGGUUUUUUUCGGAUCUCGGCGGUAAAAAAAAAAAAAAGAAAAAAAAGAAUAGAUCCGCGCGCGUCCUUGGCCGUAUCGUCGGAACACGCGGUUCUCGACUGUACGCCGGUAACAUUUAUUGUAAACGAAUUGGGUCGGAAAUUAACGGACUUGAAAUGUUAAUAAUAUACGUCACGAGUAUCGGAGUUUUAAGUGCCUACCGCCUAUAUUGCACUGCACGUUCACGCGUGUUUAAAAUCGGAGGCGCGAGACUGGGGAUAGAACUUCUCUCGGUCAUUUUUUUUUUCGGUUUUUUCUCGGUGUACCUGCCUACCUACCCGUGGUUUUACACAUAAAGUUGGCACUAACCCAUCCCCACUUUCUCCCCGGACCAUUAAAAUAUCUUCAAAACGAACACCUGCACUGUUAGAGCAUUGGUAAAAUACCCAAUUUGACGCUACAUCACGCGUGACAUAUACCACAUAACUAAAAUAUAAUGAUCUACCCAAUUUUUUUAUGUAACAAAUAUUUUCUUAAAACAAAAAGUAUUAACGUUAUAAAAUAAUAUCCAUUUUUAAUUAAAAUUAUCAAUUAUAAAACAAUAUUAGUACACGGAUAUUGACCCUAUAAUAAUAAUAGACAAUAAUAAGCGCAUUCGUAACAGGUAUACGUAAUAUUGCGCCUGUGAAAAGUGAAACAAAAAUCCCAUUAGCGAAAAUUGUAAGCCGUUGCAUACAAAUACAACAUAGUCAGUCAGUAUAUACAGUGUGAUCAAUCUAUCGUAAGACACUCGUUAUCACCGAAAUUAUUUGUUUUCUAGAAUAUUUAAAAAACGAACUGCUCUACAAUUUUGUAUUUAUGUUAUUUUUUGUCGCCCUUAUUUUUGGAGGUAAAACCACUUCCUAUUUUUGGUUUUCAAAUGGCAAAUAGACGAAGUAUUCGUUUAAAUAAAUUGGUGUUGUCAUUUUUUUUUAUUUCCGUCAAUCCGCAGACGAGAUAUUCCAUUUUUGAAUUGGGAGAGGGUGUUGGUGCGUUAUUAACACGCCACGCGCCUUACUGCCAAACAAAUGAUACUCCACUGUUCUUCUCGAACCUAAACAUAAAAAUGGAAUAUCUCGUCAACUGAUUGACGGAAAUCAAACAUUUCAACACCAAAAUUUAUUUUAACUAAUACUUCAUCUAUUUAUGGAAUUUUUAAUAUAGGUUGCUAUUUGGAAAUCAAAAGUAGGUAGUGGUUUUACCCCAAAAAAUAAGGGUGACAAAAAAUAACAAAAUAUAAAAUUGUAGAGCAACUUGUUUCUUAAAUAUUCUAGAAAACAAAUUUCGGAAAAAGUUAAUACUUUCUGAGAUAAUGAGUGUCUUAUGAUAGAUCGAUCACUCUGUAUAUACUAGAUGGUGCACUGUCGAAAUAAUGUCGGAAAACCAAAAUAAAAUAUAGGUACCUACCUGACCUAUUGUAUCGGUCGUAUAAAUAGUUGACUAUAAUAAUGAAUAUUAAAAUCGUGUAUAAUAUUCAGCGGUUUAGAGGCCAGAGUAUUUAUAAAACCGCGGACACCCUAUAAAAAGAAAAGGCAAUGUAAGGGACAUACCUGUAAUAUUGACUUCGAAUUCGACGACUCUUACUGAUCAUUUUGACGAACGAGUAUCGCGAUGGCACUAUUAAUAUUAUUUUAUUGUAAUUUCCCCCUCCCCCAAGUUAUAACAAACAACGGUGACGAUUCUGUUUUCACAAUACUUCGUUACUUCCUCAUCGCUGUGAACAAUUUAAUAUAGUUUAAUAUCGACACAUACACCACGCAAAUACAUAUAAAAACUACGAACUGUAAAAAACUUGGAAUAUAAAAAUCUGAAUCUUUAAAAUCUGGACGGUACAAAUCUGGGACGUAAAAAUCUGCAUAGUGCAAAUUUGGAAUUUUAUAUUAUGAAAUUCGGACGGUAUUUAUCUAAAAAGUAAUUUAUUAUUUGAAAUUGUAAAUUAAGGAGUAAGGAGUAAAAGUUAGGCAACUUAUAGGACAGGUACGUCCGGGUCAUGUCAAUACGUGCGCGUAAAUAUGAACAUUAGUUGUGUUAAUUAGCUGGUUGCUAUUAGAUUCAAUACGUAUGGUGCAUUAUUGUUUUACUUACAUAGGUAUUCAAACCAAAAGUAGCACACUUUAUCAAUUAGUCAGCCUUGCAAAUGUUCCAACUUUGAUGAAAAAACAUGUAGUUAAAAGUUAAUUAACAAAUUACGGUGCAGGUUUUUUAUUGGAUUUCAAAAUCUAAAAUUCCAUAAUUACACCGUCCAGAUGUUUUACUUAAUAGUUAAUUUACUAUAUUUACUAGCAUUCGUAUUUUAAUGAGGUUGUCAUUGGUAACCGUUUUUAUUUAUUUUUUUGUUUUUAUUAUUUUAAUCUUUUUUAAACAAUCAUUGUUGUAAUCAUUUUACCAUAAUAUGAUAAAUACCAUAUAUUGUACUGUUGACAAAACAACACUAUCGACUGAACUUCUCUCAGAAUCGUUUUUUCGUUAUCAAUGAUUUAUUUUUGCUUACAGAUAUACAUUAAAUUCUCACUUGUAUCCUAUAUUUCCAACUUCUCACCUACAACAGUAGUCCUACUUAGGACAAAUUUAGGUCCUAAAAUAAAUCUGGAUAAUGUGAACAAUAUCCCCAUUUAAUGUUUGCAGUAAAAAUACCAACUACAUAAUUUCUAUAUAUAUUAUGUUUGGUAAACAGGACAAUGUGUUCUGAAAAAUGAAUCAUUCGAAAUCCAAACGAAAAAUUUAAAAUGCAAAACGAAAAUUUAAAAAUAUUAAAAAUUUAAUUUAUUAAUGAAUUUUAGAAAAAAUACAAUCAAUGAAGUUAAACAAACACAAAGUUAAAUACAAUAAAAUAUAAUUUACUUCAAUAUUAAGAUAAUAGAGUAUAAUAUUAUAAAGCACACAUAGACAAUAUUCAGACUUAUUUUAUAAAAUUACAUACCUAUAUUAAAUAAUUCAGCUACAAACUAUGAGUUCACUGAUUAAUUUAUAUGCAUCAACUUUGUUCGUAGCACAAUGUUUGAUAUAAAUACCCAUUUGCCAAAUUGUAGAACACAUUGUUAGAGAUGAACAUAUAAAAACAAUUAUGUUUAUGAUCCUCCAAAACAUUCUAUGUCAGCUUUAAUAAAUUACAAAAUAACCAUUGCCCCCGGUUCAUCCCCAAAUAAAUAAGAUUAUAGAAAAGUAUACGGGGCAAUAGAUUUUUGGAAAUUAAGAAAAAAAACACAAUUAUACAUAAAUAUAUUAUAAUCAAGUGUCUGUGUCAAAAAUUAAACGCAAAUUAGUUAAUACUCACAUAAAUUAAUAAUAAUUAUUCCUUAAAUUACAUUGGCUUUUUUCUUUCUCCGAUGAUUUCUUUCCAUAUUGUAGAUAAUUUGGUUAAGGUGUAACAUACAAAAACCAACAGGGUCGCGUUCAAAUCAAUAGUACCCUAUUCGUUUUUGUAUGUUAUCCACUAACAAAUUAGAAAAUGUCCAUCACUAAAAAAAUAAUAUUGAAGUAAGUUAUACAUAUUAAUGACUUGAAAAAAAAAAAAAAUCAAUAACAAUAAAUAAAUUGUUUAUAAAGUAGAAUUUGUUAACAAAUAAACAUAAAUUUGUUGUUAAUAACAUAAAUUAAUAAUAAUUAUUGUAAUUUUUAAUUAAAUUUGCUUUUUCUUUCUCCGAUAAUUUCUUUCCAUAUUGUAGAUAAUUUGGUUAAGGUGUAGCAUACAAAAACCAACAGGGUCGCGUUCAAAUCAAUUGUACCCUAUUCGUUUUUGUAUGUUAUCCACUAACAAAUUAGAAAAAAGUCCAACACUAAAAAAAUAAUAUUGAAGUAAAGUACACAUGUUAUUCAGUUUAUAUAAAAGAAAAAAAAAUUAAUAACAAUAAAUUAAAUCGUUUAUAAAGUAGAAUUUGUUAACAAAUAAACAUAAAUUUGUUGUUAAUAACAUAAAUUAAUACUAAUUAUUGUAAUUUUAAAUUAAAUUUGCUUUUUCUUUAUCCGAUAAUUUCUAAACAUAUUGUAGAUAAUUUGGUUAAGGUGUAACAUACAAAAACCAACNUAUUCAGUUUAUAUAAAAGAAAAAAAAAUUAAUAACAAUAAUUAAAUUCUUUAUAAAGUAGAAUGUUUAACAAGUAAACAAAAUAGUUGUAAAUUACAUAAAUUGAUUAUAAUUUUUUCUUAAAUUAUAUUGAUUUUUUCAUUCUCUGAUGAUUUCUAUCCAAAAUGUAGACGGUUUGGUUAAAUUGUAACACACAAAAACGGACAGGGUCGCGUUCAUUUCAAUAGUACCCUAUUCGUUUUUGUAUGUUAUCCACUAACCAAAUAUGAAGACGUACACCACUUAUAAAAUAAUAUUUAAAAGAAGUAUACAUAUUCUUCACUUUAUUGAAGUUAAAAUAAUAAUAACAUUUAUAAAGAAAGUUCAUAUAAUAUACCAUAUGUGUUUACAAUCAAACAAAUUAGUCUUGAAUUACAUGUUGACUUUUUCCACACUUAUGAUCAUUAUCCAUUAUCCAUAAAUAUAAUAUGAAACCUAUUUGUUUUUGUACAUUAUGCAUUACCGUAUGGAAGUUUUUCACUAAAAAUAUAAGUUAAUCAACUAAGUAUAGGAUAAUAGUAUGAUUUGCUAUAAAAUAAACCGUGACAUUAAGCUCACCUCAAUACAUUUUUUUCAAUUUUUUGUGUAGAAAUAAAUAAUGAAAUAAGUACAUGUGUUGACUCACAUGAAUGAUUUCUAAUGGACAGAUGGUGUUUGAAUAUGUGUAGGUGUGCUUGGGUGACACAGUCUUGGUGGAUGUUGAGAAUGCUAUGAUGGAAGAAUCGACUUCUAUUCACUGGCAUGGGCACCAUCAGCGAAAUUCGCCGUACAUGGAUGGAGUGCCGUAUGUGACACAAUGCCCAGUGCCACCCCACAGCUCAUUCCGGUAUGUUUACCUGGCAGAUAACGAAGGCACACAUUUCUGGCAUUCACAUUCGGGCUGCCAACGAGGCGAUGGUGUAUUUGGAUCGUUUAUUGUUCGCGUGCCAAAGGACCGGGAUAUCCAUAGAGAUAUGUAUGACGAGGACUUGCAUGUGCUCACUGUCACUGAUUGGUUACACCAAUUGGGUAUCCGCAAGUUUCUUGCUCAUUAUCACGGUUCGGGCGACAACAAGCCUGAGACUCUUUUAAUAAACGGCCGUGGCCGGUACAAAGUUUUUAAAGAUGGAUUCCACACGCCUCUAACACAGUUUCAUGUCACCAGAGUGAGUACAUAGCUACCUAAAUAUAUUACAAAUUUUUUGAUGGCAAACAAGUGACCAUUUUUAAUUUUAAUGAUAGGAAAAUUAUUAUUUGGAAUAAUUAUCUACUUCUAAAAAUUUGUUUUAGACUACAGUCAAACCUAAUAUUUAAUAUAUUAUUUUAUAUAUAUAUUUUUUUUUUUAAUAGUUAUUUAUGUAUUAUUUUGUUUAGGGAAAACGAUAUAGGUUUAGACUGAUUAAUGCCGGAUUCCUAAAUUGUCCCAUUUCAAUGAGUAUUGAUAAUCAUACAUUUACAAUGAUCGCAACAGAUGGAUAUAAUAUUCAACCGGUAGUAGGUAAUAAUAUAGUGCUCUAACUCUUAAAAUUAUAAAAAAAUGAUAUAUCAUUAUUUAGUUUAACACAGUGGCUUAUAAUUUAUUAUAUGUGUUUAUAGUUGAUUCAUUAGUAAGUUAUGCUGGUGAACGUUGGGAUUUUGUAUUAGAAGCAACAGCUGACAUUGGAAAUUAUUGGAUGCGAUUUAAAGGUUUAAUGGAUUGCGAUGAACGUUUCACAAAGGCAUUUGAAGUAGCAAUUUUGCAUUAUGAUGGAGCCGAUAAUAAAAAACCAGAAAAUAUACCAACAUAUGAUAAUUCAAUUCAUACUGGAAUUGUAAAUAGAACAAAAUAAAUAAUCUGAUAAUCAUGUAUUUAUAAUAACAUUUAAUUAAUUAGUUUUUUAUAUAUUUUAUUAUGAUAGCAAUUAAAUGCAUUGAAUAAAGGAUCAGGCCUAAUGGACUCUGCUACAGUAUCAGAAUUAGAAGAUGCAAUACCUCCAAUAAACGAUCUUAGAUUAGAGAAAAAACCAGACAUGACACUGUUUAUGUCUUACGAUUUUUAUUCUUUAGAUAAUCCACAUUUUCAUAAACCUAUGUUAUAUGGUUUCAAACAAGGUAAACAAUAAUUGUUUUUUCUGAAUUAUUGAAGUUAUUAUUUAAAUUAAAUUAAUCUAAUAAAAUAAUAUCCAUAUUAAUGUUUUAGUGACGCAUAAAGCAGAACGUGUUUAUACACCCCAAAUUAAUAAUAUGACUUUCAAAUUUCAAUCAUUUCCAUUAUUAUCUCAAAAAGAAAUGAUACAACCUUGGAUGAGUUGUGAACACAUUAAAAAAGAUUGCUCAAAAGAAUUCUGUGAAUGUACUAAUAUUAUCAAAGUUCCAUUAGGAUCAAUUGUUGAACUAUUUCUCAUUGAUAAAGGUAAAAUAAUAAUAAAAUUUAAAACACAUUAGUUUUUAUUAAGUAAACUAUAUAUUUUAUUUUAAGGAGUAACAUAUAAUGCAAAUCAUCCAUUCCAUUUACACGGACAUCCAUUUAGAGUGAUCGCAAUGGAAAGAGUAGGAAACCAUACUUCAGUAGAAGAGAUUGAACAGAUGGACAGAGAUGGGCGCAUUGUAAGAAAUUUACGAUCUGCUCCUCUUAAAGAUACUGUAACGGUACCAGAUGGUGGAUUUACAAUACUAAGAUUCUUAGCUGAUAAUCCAGGUGUGUACCUAACUAUGUAAUUGGGAUGUUUUGAAUUUCUGUAUUUAUUUUUAAAAUUACAAUAAUUAUAAAUUAAUUCUAUAGGUUAUUGGUUAUUUCAUUGUCAUAUUGAAUUCCAUGUUGAAGUUGGCAUGGCAACUGUGUUUAAAAUUGGUGAAGAUUGGGACAUGUUGCCACCUCCACCAGGCUUUCCGAAGUGUGGAAAUUACAAUGGAAAAGGAUUAGUUUCAUUUUUAUAUCCAGAAGACAUUGAAUUGCAAUAUAAAAAUCCAAAUGUAUAUCAUUAUGGAUUUAUAGAUAAUAAAAAUGAUAGUCGUAUAAAUAUGAUAACUACAUUAGACAAAUGGUGGCCAUUUGUUGGAGGUGCACAUCCUUAUGUAUCAUCCAUAGCUAACACUAACACACCAUACUUCUCAAUUGUAUUGUGCGUUUUAAUAAGUGUAUUGUUGAUUUACUAA